AUGGCGAUGGAGGCUACCAAUUAUUCAUCAUCGUCAUAUGAAGUGCUCUUGAGCUUUCGAGGAGCAGAUACACGCGAGCAUCUCGCAAAUCCACUUGGCACUGGCUUGACCGGUGCUGGAAUAAGCGUGUUUAGAGACAAAAGGAUGGCGAGGGCAGACAAGGAAAUUGACCCUGCGCUGGUAGAAGCGAUUGGACAGUCGAAGAUAUCGAUACCGAUCAUCUCGCCGGAGUACGCUUCCAGCAAGGGCUGCCUCGUGGUGCUGGACAAGAUGUUGGAUUUCAUGGACGCCGGGAACUAUGCCAUCAUUCCCAUUUUCUAUAAGCUCAACCCCUCCGACAUUGGCUCCUUCGUGGAUCACAAAAAACGAGGGAUCGAUGGCAAGCUCCUCUCCUGGAAGUCCGCCCUGCAUCGUAUUGGACAGUUGGAGGGAUAUCAUCUUGACCACGCCAAAGAGCAGCCUAUAUCAGAGAUCGUCUUGUAUGUCACUCGGCAGCUGAAGAAAGCUGAACUAGUUGGUACUUCCAUGCCAAUUGGUAUCGAUAAUCAAGUCCGCGAGAUGAUGAAGAGGCUUGCCGUCGACUAUAGCAAUGGACAAGCGGUUGAAAUACCCAACAAUGAGGUCCGAAUGGUCGUAAUACAUGGCAUUGGGGGGAUUGGGAAAACAACUCUUGCAAAGUUCGUUUACAACCAACUAUAUCCUCUGUUUGAAGGCUGUAGCUAUCUGGGAAACAUUGGAGAGAUAUCGAAAACCGAGCCCUUGGAGCAUCUGCAAAGCCAACUGAUUUCUGACCUGCUAAAGCAAGAUCCCAAAAGCUUUGAUUCCUUAGGAGGUAUUAACUUCAUCAAAAAAAGGUUUCUCAAUAUGAGAGUCCUCAUCGUGCUUGAUGAUGUCAAUGAACAGCACCAUCUCGAAGCAUUUGCCGGGAAGCUAAGCUGGUUUGGUUCGAGAAGCAGGAUAAUUGUAACGACCAGAAAUGCUGAUCUUCUUAAUAUCCCUAAAGAGGUUGAGAUUUAUGAGGUCGAGCCCAUAGAUUUUGAUGAAUCCCUUCGUCUUUUCUGUCUACAUGCUUUUGGGGGAAGUUCUCCCGAUGAGAACUAUGAUAAUCUGUCCGGGCACAUUGUUUCCUCAAUUGGAAGGCUUCCUAUAGCUAUCGAGGUUUUAGGUUCAUUUCUGUACAGAAAAGACAUACGAAUAUGGAUUGAGACGUUACAAAAACUAAAGGAAGAGGAAGAGGCAAGCGAUACUGUCCAAAAAGUAUUGACGACGAGCUAUGAAGCUCUAGAUCAAAAGACAAAAGAUAUAUUUCUCGAUAUAGCUUGUUUGUUUAUAGGAAAGGACAAGAGAAUUCCCUUCUACAUGUGGGAGGACUGCGGUUUGAAUCCUCAUAGUGGUGUCGAGAGUCUCGUUCUCACAUCCCUGGUGAAAAUCGAAGAGAAUAACGAGCUCUCGGUGUAUGAUCUAUUAAGAGAAUUUGGUCGAACAAUUGUCCUCAAGGAAGACCUCACGAACCCUGGAAGGCGCAGCAGGUUGUGGGAUCACGAGGAAGCGCUUAAAAUCUUAAGCAGCAGGGAGGUAAAAAUAUUCUGUUUUGCAAUUGUAUCUAUGCCAUGCUUCCUUUCAGACUCUAACAAGUAG